UACAAGUUUACUAAAAGAAGAAAAGAGAUGAGGUUUUGGUUCUUACAAGUCUUUCCUUAAUCAUUUCUCUAUUUAUAUCCUCUCUCUGGUGGUUGUGAACUCAAAAAGGCAUAAGAUAAAAAUAGAAAAAACAGAAAAAAUAUGUCCUCAUCUUUGUCUUCUUAAUUAGGGUUUCAGAUCCUUUCCAUUUCAGUCUUAUUUAUAAAAAGUUUCUUUUUUUUUCUUCUUCCAUCUUUCAGAUCUGAGACACCCAUCAAUAGGUUUUUGUCUUGUUUUCUUCCUAUUGUAUAAAUCAAUUCUUAUCUUCUCCAAAAAAAAAAAAAAGAACUUUCUUUUUAUAGAAACUUGUCAUGGAUAUAUAUGCUAGGAUUUCUUGAAUAUUAUUUUGUAUCUUAAUCUGAAAGUAAUUGAGACCCUCUACAAUAUCUGCCAUUUUUUCUGAGAAGAAGAAGUAAUUAGUAAAAGUAAGAAAAAAAGAUGGUUAGAGGAAAAACUGAGAUGAAAAGAAUUGAAAAUGCAACAAGUAGGCAAGUUACCUUCUCAAAAAGAAGAAGUGGACUUCUUAAGAAAGCAUUUGAGCUUUCAGUUCUAUGUGAUGCAGAAGUUGCCCUUAUUGUUUUCUCUCCAAAAGGAAAGCUUUAUGAAUUCUCAAGUUCCAGUACUAACAAGACCAUAGAACGAUAUCAGAAGAAUGACAAGUAUCUUGGACUUAACAGACCAAAGAUAGCUGAUAUACAAACUACUGAGCAUUUGAAAGAGGAGGUUGCAACAAUGACGAGAAAGCUCGAGUUUCUUGAAGAUUCUAAAAGAAAGCUUUUAGGAGAAGGUUUAGAUUCUUCCUCCUAUGAUGAACUUCAACAGGUAGAAGAACAGUUGGAACGAAGUUUAAGCUGCAUUAGGGCAAGAAAGAACCUGUUAUUCAGGGAACAGAUUGCUCGCCUAAAGGAAGAGGAAAAAAUCCUAAUGAAGCAAAAUGCAGACUUGAAGAAAAGGUGUGAGGUGCUACCACUGCUUAUGACAACAGUUCAUAAGGAAAAGGAAGACACUGAAAGACAAACAAUGGAAGUAGAGACAGAGCUCUUUAUUGGACUUCCUCAAAGACAAAGCUCCCAUUUAUUUUUCUCUAACUGUGAAAAAUAAUUGUAUUACUUCAAGCUUUUUACCACUGUAAUUAAUUUCUAAAGUUUAGUAAAAAAUAAAUUACAGUCGAUAUGGUUAUCUUUUCCUUCUUUUCUUCUUAUCAGUUGUGCAUUAAUAAUCAUCAAAAUGAUGCAAAUGAUAGUUCUGUCUAGAGAAAUGUAUAUACACAUUUAAUUUUAUUUCC